AUGGCACUGGGACUCGUUUUUGCUUUGCAGACCUCAGUGGGGACCCUGGGGAAUUACUUGCUGCUUUUCCACUAUGUCUCCCUGUCCCUCACAGGAGACAGGAUGAGGCCCACAGACAUGAUUCUCAGACACCUGACCAUCGCCAACUCCGUGGUCAUUCUCUCUAGGGGAGUCACACAGACCAUGGCAGCUUUGGGGGUGAGAGACUUCCUCAGUGAUUUGGGCUGCAAACUUGUCUUCUAUCUUCACAGGGUGGGCAGGGGGGUUUCCAUGGGCACCACCUGCCUCCUGAGUGUGUGUCAGAUGAUCACCAUCAGCCCCUGGACCUCCAGGUGGGCCCAGCACAAAGACAGGGCUGCCAGGAACAUUGAGCGCUACAUAGUUCUGAUUUGGAUACUGCACCUGUCAGUCAACUACAUUAUUUUAGCAAGUAUGACUAGUACACUGAGAAGCAAAAACAUGACCCAGAAACAGGAUUUUGGAUAUUGUUCUGCCACAUUUAAAGGUGGAAUCGUAGCUUCACUCUACAGUGCACUGUUCUCAGUCCCUGAUGCGCUGACUCUGGGCCUCAUGCUCUGGGCCAGUGGCUCCAUGGUGUCCAUGCUCCACAGGCACAAGCAGCAGGUCCAGCACCUUCACAGAGCUCGUGUCACCCCCAGAGCUGCCCCUGAGACCAGGGCCACCCAGAGCAUCCUGGUGCUGGUCAGCAUCUUUGUCACCUGCUACACCCUCUCCUCCACCUGUCACCUCUGCAUUGCUUUGUCAAAGAAUCACACCUGGUGGAUGGUGAACCUCUCUGUUCUACUGGCUGCAUCUUUCCCCACUGUCAGCCCCUUCCUCCUCAUGAGCCAUAGCUCCAGGCUGUGUGGGCCCUGCCGUUUCUGCAUGAGGGACUCGACUAACCACCACUAUCAUGAGGAAGCCAGCACCUGGGCUCUUUGCAUCAGCGUCCCCAAUCCCCAAGGCUGCCCUGUCACUGCCACUCCUGGUGACAUCCUCACUGGGACUCAGCAGGGAGCUGCAGAGAGCUGGGACCUCCUGUGCCAGCUCAGGGCAGAGUCUGUAAGGAAGGAGGUGCAGCAGGAGUCUGGCUUCUCUGACAGGAAGGCAGACAGCUGUCACCCAGAAGCCAGCUGA